AUGUGUAGUACAACGGUUAAAGUUGGUGCUAAGGUUAAUAGAAGUGUGACUGCUGGGAAACCAAGCUUCUUCAUCUCUUCGACGCCAGUUUCCAAUCACAUGCAAGCAGAAACUAAUACAAUGCAAUCUUCGCAAGCUAAUGAUUUUGGGGUCCUUGAGCAAUAUCUUGGAUUCCAGAUUGGAGAUGCUGCUAAUGUCAGUCGCAGUCCAGUGUUUAAUCCAACUAUAACUAGCCAAUUGGUGGGUCCCAAUCUCACAUUUAAUAAGUCUCUUGCCUCUACCAGUACAAGUUUUUCCCCUUCUCUUCUGGGGUCUCAAGCAAUGCAGUCACAUCUGAAUCCAGUUUCUGUAUCUGGGGCUCAACAUGAGAACUGGGAAGAGUCCAACAGGGCAGAAUCCAGCUCCCAUACAGAUACUUCAACUGAUGUGGAUCCAGAUGAAAAAAAUCAACAGUUUGAAAUGGGUCAAUCCACUGCUGCUACAGCCUCUGGUUCCAGUGACAGAUCAAAAGAAAAAAGCCUCGAUCAGAAGACACUUCGAAGACUUGCCCAAAAUCGUGAAGCUGCUAGGAAAAGCCGACUGAGGAAAAAAGCCUAUGUACAGCAGCUGGAGAAUAGCCGUCUGAAGCUAAGCCAACUAGAGCAGGAGCUGCAGCGGGCACGUCAACAGGGUAUAUUCAUCUCAAGCACAGGAGACCAAUCUCAUUCUGGAAGUAACAACGGGGCCUUGGCGUUUGAUGUGGAAUAUGGAAGGUGGUUGGAAGAGCAAAACAAACUGAUUAAUGAGCUGAGGACAACAGUCAAUUCACAUGCAAGUGACACUGAACUUCGUAAUAAUGUGGACAAUGUGACUACACAUUUCAAUGAAAUUUUCAGGUUGAAAGGGAAUGCAGCCAAGGCAGAUGUAUUCCACAUCUUGUCAGGAAUGUGGAAAACACCUGCAGAAAGGUGCUUUAUGUGGAUUGGUGGUUUUCGUCCAACUGAACUUCUCAAGCUUAUUGUGAAUCAAAUGGAGCCAUGGACAGAGCAACAAUUAGCACGGAUCUAUAAUUUGCAGCAAUUAUCACAGCAAGCUGAAGAUGCCCUUUCACAAGGUAUGGAUGCACUACAGCAGUCUCUAGCGGAAACAUUGGCCAAUGGAUCAUCUGUACCUGAAGGGUCAAAUGUUGCUAAUUAUAUGGGUCAGAUGGCAAUGGCCAUGGGGAAAUUGGGGACGCUUGACGAUUUUCUGCAUCAGGCAGACAACUUGAGGCAACAAACGUUACAGCAAAUGCAUCGUAUCUUGACUGUCAGACAAUCAGCGCGUGCGGUUCUCUUGUUACACGAUUAUUUUUCAAGGCUUCGAGCCCUGAGUUCUCUGUGGCUUGCAAGGCCACGCGAGUGA